AUGGAAGAGUGGCUUAAAGAAAGUUUAUCAAAAGUUUUAGAUUUCGAAGUGCCUCCCGAUCUAAUAACAUAUGUUUUAUCAAUGGAGAAUGAAGCAGAUAUAACUGAAUAUAUGAAAACUUUAAUUAAUUUUGAAAAUCCAGAACAUAAAUCAUUUUUUCGAGAACUAUGUAACAGGAAAUUUCCCUCAAAAGGGACUUCCUUACCAAGACAGCUCAAGAAAAAAAUUUCAAAAAAUAAACAGCAGCCUGAUGUGCUACAGGAAAAACCCAUACCAACACCAAAUGCAGAAGAAUCAAAAAACAAAAAGAAAACAAAAUUUGUUAAUCUUUAUUCACAAGAAGGCAAGAAUGCCCAAACUAUCUUGAUUAAAGGCAGGCAUCACUGUGAGUGUCAAGCAUCAAAACAUGAACUAAUUAACAAUUGUUUGCACUGUGGCCGAAUAGUUUGCAAACAAGAAGGUUCUGGGCCAUGCCUUUUUUGUGGAAAUUUGGUGUGCACACCCCAAGAGCAAAAAGAAUUAAAUGCUAAGACUAAAGCCAGUGCCAAACUAAUGGAAUCUUUAAUGGAAAGAAGCCGGCCUAAAGGUUGGGAAGCAGCUGUUUCACACAGAAACAAGCUUUUGGAAUAUGAUCGCACUAGUGAACGUCGUACGCGAGUAACAGACGAUGAUAGCGAUUAUUUUAAUGCAAACAGUGUCUGGCUUAGUGCUAGUGAAAAGGAAAAACUUCAAAAGUAUCAGCUAUCACUCCAUGAAAAGAAGCACACAUCUAGACUCAAUAAAAAGAUGACAUUUGAUUUUGCUGGUCGCCAAGUGAUUGAAGACAAUACAAUAGAUUAUGAGGUGGACGUAGAACAAAUUAGGAAUAUUACAUCCGGGAACGCCCAGGGUGGGCAAUUCCUAAGAACGGAUUUGUUGGCCGACUCGUCGACCGACCGGGACGUCGCUCCUGGUGUCAACGCUAAUUUAUUACAGUUCGACGAUACGGUGGGCGGUAACUACGCAAAUGUUACUAAGGGCUGGUCCAGGGAAUCUCGCGUACAAGACUCCCAAUUGCAAGAGAUGACGGAUGCUGGGAAAUGUCUGUCCAUGCACCAGCCUUGGGCCUCGUUGCUGGUUGAAGGGAUCAAACUCUCUGAAGGUCGAACCUGGUACUCAAACCAUCGCGGCCGGCUGUGGAUAGCUUCCACCGCGAAGCCACCAGAACAAAGCCUUGUGAGGGAGAUCGAGAAUAGAUAUAGAGUACUUUAUCCAGAUAAACAAUUUAAAUUCCCGACUUUCUACCCAACGGCAUGUCUGCUCGGUUGCGUCAACGUAGAUGACUGUUUACCGCAAGAAGAGUUUCAAAAACAAUACCCAGACGGAGAUAGUGACAGUCCGUAUGUGUUCGUGUGUUCGAACCCCGUCAGUCUGCGUCUGCGCUUCCCCGUCAAAGGGCAACAUAAGAUAUGGACUUUGGAUAAGUCAAUACAUCAAGCCGCGCUCAAAUGCUUACAGAAGAUGUCAAAAAUAGAAGCAGAACAAGCGAAUGCAGCUUAA